CAUGGUGUUGAUUUCACGAUUCUAUCAAUUACAUCAUUUACAUAGAUAUAUAGAUAUAGUUCAUAGAAAGAUACUCAACUAUCUUUAAUAUCCCUAUCCACAACUCACAACCCCACCCCUACCCCCAGGACAUUCAAUCCAUCCAUACCCCUUGCAAGGUCCCUCGUUAAUCAUACUUUUUCCGGGCAUGUCAAUGUUAUCUACCCGUAAUUUAAGGGUGUUAAUUUCAGCCUUAGCUAUAUUUGGGAUAGUUAUAUUCUUUGCUACUUCUCAAAAUAGUCUUACUUCUUCCAUUCAAAAGGUUAAACCCGCAUCUACUGGUGAUGAUACUAUUCCAUUCAAUAAUGAUCAUCUUGAAGAAGUUGGUAAUACUUUACAAGGAUCUCCAAUCCAAGGUAAAGAACCUCCUUAUUCUCAAUCUGAAAAUGAUGAUAUCCCAGUCAUUGGUAGUAAUGGUAAACCAAAGAUCGUGGCUGAUAAGUCCGCUAAUAACGAAAAGGCUCCUGCUGUUGGUGCUGAUUCCAACAUUGGAACUGAUUCAAAACCAAAAGUUCCAAUCCCAGCUAAUGCUGCCCCAGCUGUUGAUGAUGAAGUUUUAGAAAAAGCACCAGUACCAGCCGCUCCAGUCACUCCAGGUAAAGCUGCUGUUGGAGGUGCCAAGUGUGAUGAAAAGAAUUACGUUGUUAUGAUUGAUGCUGGUUCAACUGGUUCAAGAGUUCAUGUUUAUGAAUUUGAUACUUGUGUUUCACCACCAAAAUUAUUAAAGGAAGAAUUCAAAAUGUUAAAACCAGGAUUAUCAUCCUUUGAUACCGAUACUAAAGGUGCUGCUGCUUCGUUAGAUCCAUUAUUAGAAGUUGCCUUAGCCACAGUUCCAAAAGCUAAACAAGGUUGUACUCCAGUUGCAGUUAAAGCUACUGCUGGUUUAAGAUUAUUAGGUAAAGAAAAAUCCACCAAUAUCUUAAAUGAAGUUAGAAAUCAUCUUGAACAAGAUUAUCCAUUUGCUGUUGUUGAUGGUGAUGGUAUUUCUAUUAUGGAAGGUAAAGAUGAAGGUGUUUAUGCUUGGAUUACUACUAAUUAUUUAUUAGGUAAUAUUGGUAAUAGUGAAAAGAAUCCAACUGCUGCUGUAUUUGAUUUAGGUGGUGGUUCUACUCAAAUUGUAUUUGAACCUGAAUUUAAGGAUCAAUCUGAACAAAUGAUUGAUGGUGAACAUAAAUAUCAAUUUACUUUUGGUAAUAGAGAAUUUGUAUUAUAUCAAUUUAGUCAUUUAGGUUAUGGUUUAAUGGAAGGUAGAAAUAAAAUCAAUUCACUUGUGAUUGAAUCUGCUUUAAAGACCAAUGAAGAAUUACAAAAUUCAAAGAUUGCCACCAAAAAGGAAGCUAAAGAUACUAAAUCAACUACUAUUACUUUAAAUAAUCCAUGUAUUCCACCUGGUGCCACUGCAUCAAAUGUUAUGGUUGAAUAUGGUAAAGAUGAAUUUUAUGUGGUUAAUUUCCAAGGUCCAUCUUCAGAUUCAGGGUUAACUGGUGGUUCACAAUGUAGAUUCCUUGCUGAAAAGAUUUUAAAUAAAGAAGCUGAAUGUGCUGAAAAACCAUGUUCAUUCAAUGGUGUUCAUCAACCAUCUUUAACUAAAGCAUUUAGAAAAUCAAAUGAUAUGUUUGUAUUUUCUUAUUUCUAUGAUAGAACUAAUCCAUUAGGUUUCCCAUCAUCAUUUACAGUUGAAGAAUUAAAAGAAUUAGCUAAGACUGUUUGUAAUGGAUCACAAUUCUGGAAAGAUGUAUUAUUAGAUGAUCCAAUUAAAGAAUUGAAUGAAGAACCUCAAUGGUGUACUGAUUUAAGUUUUAUAACUGCUAUGUUACAUACUGGAUAUGAUAUUCCAUUAGGACGUGAAUUAAGAACUGCUAAUAAGAUUGAUAAUAAUGAAAUUGGAUGGUGUCUUGGUGCAUCAUUACCAUUAUUGGAUGGAGCAAGUUCCGGUUGGAAAUGUAAAGUUCAAGAUAUAACUGCUUAAAUCUAAUAUAAUCAGUUAUGAUGAUUAUUUAUUCUUAUAUAAACAUAUAUACAUUCCUUUUACAGAUUAUAAUAGAAAAAAAAAUCACAGUUGAUAAAUAAAUAAAUAUAAAUAUAAACAAAACAUAUAUUAUACUAUACU